AUGCUUUUUUGUCUCUGAAGCCAGACAGAGUCAAGAGGAGCAGCUAUGAGUUUAACAGCAGCAGCUAGUGGAUUUGUUGUCUUCCUCCUCUCUGUGCCAGUGAUACAGAGUCAGAAUGGCUGGGGAGUGACUUACACCUCUACUCAGAUCUGUGCCUUAAAAGGAUCAACUGUGGAAAUAAGAUGCAGCUACAGAUACCCAUCCAGAAUAAACAGCCUUGAUACUACAGUUGAGAAAACAUUCUGGUUUACUAAAAUGAAUGGAAAAGAACAUGUGGAUCUGAGAACAGUGUCAGAGUACGCAGGUCGUGUGCAGUAUCACUGUAAUGAGAAGAGCUGCACUCUGAGAAUCACAGACCUGAGAGAGAGCGACUCAGCUGAGUACAAGUUCAGGUUCAUAACAAACCAACCAGGUGGGAGUUUUAGCGGUUCACCUGGAGUCACUUUGUCUGUCACAGCUGUCCAGAUGCAGGUGACCAGAAUAACAGUCCAUCAGUCUUAUACUGAGGCAGAUCUGAAGUGUCACUGCAGCUGCAGUCCAGCUGGCCGUCUUUCUUAUGUCUGGUUCAAGAACGGAGUGAAAGGUCCUGGGGGAACUUCUUAUAUGGGCCAGUUUUAUCCUGGAGACAAUAUCUCCUGUGCUUUGGAAGGACAUGAGAAAUUCCGCUCCCCUUCACUGUAUGCUCCGAGCGUUCCCUCUGUGUCAUUCAGUCCUUCUGGUGAGAUAGUGGAGGGAAGAUCAGUGACUCUGACCUGCAGCAGUGAGGCUAACAUAGUAGCUAAUUAUACCUGGUACAAGAAAAAUCUUAAUUCAACACAUGAACUGCUCAGUAAAGAACCACAGCUUGUCUUCAGGUCCAUGAAGUCCUCUGACUCAGGAGAGUAUUACUGUGCAGCUGAGAACAAGUUGGGGGGGAGGACAUCUAAAUGCAUCGUUAUUAAUGUGAAAUAUGCUCCAAAGUUUCCCUCUGCGUCAGUGAGUCCCUCUGGUCAGAUAGUGGAGGGCAGUUCAGUGACUCUGACCUGCAGCAGUGAUGCUAACCCAGCAGCUAAUUAUACCUGGUACAAGGAGAACCAAACACUGCCUUAUGGACCAGGCAGCAUAUAUAAUUUCACCUCCAUUAGCGCUGAGGACAGAGGGAUCUACACCUGCAUGUGUGAGAAUCAAUAUGGACAGAUCAACUCUACGUCUCUAUUUUUAGAUGUCCACUAUGCUCCAAAGCUUCCCUCUGUGUCAGUGAGUCCCUCUGGUCAGAUAGUGGAGGGCAGUUCAGUGACUCUGACCUGUAGCAGUGAUGCUAACCCAGCAGCUAAUUACACCUGGUACAAGGAGAACCAAUCACUGCCUUAUGGACCAGGCAGCAUAUAUAAUUUCACCUCCAUUAGCGCUGAGGACAGAGGGAUCUACACCUGCAUGUGUGAGAAUCAAUAUGGACAGAUCAACUCUACGUCUCUAUUUUUAGAUGUCCACUAUGCUCCAAAGCUUCCCUCUGUGUCAGCGAGUCCCUCUGGUCAGAUAGUGGAGGGCAGUUCAGUGACUCUGACCUGUAGCAGUGAUGCUAACCCAGCAGCUAAUUAUACCUGGUACAAGGAGAACGAAGACUCACCAAAAGCAUCAGGACAGAUCUUCAAUAUCACUGACUUCAGACCUGAACACAGUGGGAAUUAUUACUGUGAAGCCCAGAACAGCAGAGGACGUCGUAGCUCCACCUUAUAUCUGGCUGUUAUGGCAGGAGAAUGGAAAUUAAUUACUUCUGGAACUGUCACUGUUAUUUUAAUUGUCAUCAUAGGCCUACUCAUCUCUGCCUUGCAAUGGAUUAGGAAAAAGCAACCAUCUGAGCCUAUAAAGAGACCAGACAAUAUUGCACAGAAACAACCAGCAGAGCAGGGGGCUGGCCUUCACUAUGCCAGCAUCCACUUCUCUAAGAAAGAAGCAGAUCCUCUCUACUCCAAUAUCAGACCAGCUCAGCCCCAAAGACACAAGAGGGAAGAGGAGGCGGACAGGGUGGUGUACGCUACUGUCACAUUAAACAGUAGCAGUACUGCCCCAACAUGAGCAGCUCUUCACACAGGAACAUCAUCCUCAUUAUUAGACUUUGAGAAGAUGUUUAAGUGUUCUGGCCUUUUCUCCAAAGUUUCUGUUUAAAAAUUAGAAUUGAUCAGGGCUUCAUCGAGUGGAUUCAGCUGCUGUAUUCUGCUCCACAGAAUAUAGUUUGUGUCAAUGGUCAUCUGUAUCUUAACCUUUUGAGAACCUUGAGAGAACAACAUGCCCGGAGUGCUCUCUGUCACUACUUCUUCCUUGUGUUGAGCUGAGAACAAUUGUCACAGUGAUACAAGAUGAUGUAUAUAUCAAAUGAAUAGUUAUAAACCAUUAAACUCAUUAAAUGUC